AUCUAUCAAAUUCUAAACGCAUUCAUAAAAUGUCAGCUUCCACAAAAAAGGUGUAUCAAAAAAUAACAAGGAUUUAUUUCUGAAGAGCUAUUAUUUCUGAAAGAGCAUAUGAAAGGAUAUUUUUAACCUAACAUGGACGAUGACGAUGAUUUUGGCGACUUUGGUGGAUUUGAGGCAGCAGAACCAGCCUUUCCAACUGUUGAUGAAAUACAACCAAAUGUGGAGGCUGGUCCUUCACCAUGGGCCAUAUUAGAUACAGCUAGAAGUCAGGUUGGAAUGCGACCAGACCUCCUGUGUGUUCAAAACCAGUUUCCCCCUGUCUUGGAUCCGACAGUUCUACAGCAACAAACCAAUGGGGAGGUGGAAGAGAGCAGCGAGCAGCCGACUGAGCCUCCCUGCCAAUUCCCACAAGUCCUGGAUAAUCCUGAUAAUAAUGCAGCAUCAUUAGUCAAUGAUAUUUUGGAUGGCAGUUUCAACAGAACUUCAGAACCCAAUUCUUUGAAUGGUCGACCCAAUGGUGAAGUUACUCUACAAGCCCCAGACGUUCAAGAAACGGACAACACAGAGGCCUCUAGACCCCCAACAUUCCACUGCCAAGCUUCUCUAUCGAGAAACAAUGAAGCCACCACAAUGUCAAUCUCAAGUGAUGCACUGCCAACCUCGACAGGAAAUGAAAGAGGUACAUUUCAGCCAUUCCAGUCAAACAUUACUCCAGCAGCUGAAAGCACCAGUGAAACUGCAGUGGUGGGUGGGCUGAAUAUCGUGGAAGUAGAAGUUCCCCUCCAGUCAGACACUGACACAGAUAAUGCUGGUGUUUCCCAAGGGUCUCCAAUGUCCCAUGUGCUUAGACUUGAUACUCAACCCAAACCUGUAGAACCCCAGUUAAAUUUGAAGCAAAUUCAACAGGAGUCAUCUGAUGCCGUAGAGAGUGUUGUACAGGAAUACAAGACUUUGAUGCAGUCUAGUUUACACAAUCAUGAGGAGUCUGUGAAUAACCUGCUGCAGAAAAACAACAAAGAAAGAGAACUCCAGCUUGAACUGGCUCUGACUCAACAGAACAAAGAUAUAGAGUCAAAAAUGCAAGAAAUGAAAGCACAUUUGGGAGAGGAAAUCAAAAAGAUUACUCAAGAAUCUGUUCAGCAUUUUCAGGAAGAAAUGAAAGAAAUACUAGAAAAGGAGAAAAAAGAAAUAUGGGAUGAAAUGCAAGCAUCUUUACAAAAGGAAAAAGAUCAAAUAAAUGACCUAGUCCAGGAAGCUGUCGCAGCAGAGCAGGAAAGAGGUGCACAGGCAAUAAAAGAGCAAAAGGAUGAAUUUCUUAAACUCAUUGAGGAAGAGCGAAAAGAAUCUCAAACUCAAACUCGAAGUCUACUGGAGGAACAGAAGAUACAGUUUCAGGAAACUCUUAAGGCACACUUGGAGGAGGAGCGGAAGACUCAUAAGGAGGCAAUGGACCGUGUGAUCGAGCUAGCCAAUCAGGAGAUGAGGGCUUAUCUUCAGCAGCAGAGGGAGGUGAAUAGGCAGUUGCACCAAAGACAGUAUGCCAGUUUGGACGUGUUUUUAAAUGGAGCCAGACAGCAGUUACAGCUGUUGAUGGACAGUGACCCUGUGUCGUCAGGAGCUGGGGAUAAUGGAGGAGAGAAAAGCAGUUCAGAAGACAAAGAUUCAUCCAAAGACACAUAAAUAUGUAUUCAUCAUUUGAUCAAAUCUCAUUUUUUCCCCUCCAAUAUGAUAUUGAAAAGUCAUUGUGAUCCAUAGUUGAAUAAUAUAUAUUUUUUCUCUUUCUGGUUGCUUUGUGGCAUUUGUUGCUUGACCAAUAAUGAAUCUAACUACCUUUGAUCUCAGUGAGAACAAUUAUAACCAGGUUUCAUUAUGACUAAGAAUUGCAUUUAUCUCGUCAAUGUUAACCUCUUAGGAAACAGGAAAGUUUAAGGUGAUUAUGUAAAACCCAAUGUGUUGCAGAAAUAUUCUAACUAAACAUUAUGCAUUUAUUGCAUGUUGGUGAGGGAGAUAUGAAGAUUUAUUCCCUCGCAAGAAAAAUCAAAUAUGAUUUUCUGGGGGAAAUAAAUCUGUAUAUCUCUUAAACCUUCAGGCAAUUGUUUACAACACCGAACGAUUGGUAAUUACAUAGAAUACAUCAGGUUUUAAAAUUGUUUUCCAAUAUUUGUAAAGCAGAAAUGUAGUAAAUGUUUAUCAGUUUCUUUCCAUGUAAGUUUUCUGAUUCAAAAAAAUUUGAAAUGUUGAUAUAAUCCAAUAUUGUUUUUAAAACUAAUUGUUUGAUGAAGUCUUGUGCUCAUCCCCAGGAUUUUUACACAAAUGGAAUGAAAAUUUAUGUGGCUUCCGAAGGUGUGGAAUAUAAGAAGAAAAAUAUCACAGAUAAAUAAAAAGUGUUUUAUUGUCCUGGCACGUGAUUGUCUAGAACCAAUCAGAUAAUGCAUUAUAUAGAAUACUCAUAUUGAGGUAUAAUAAUAUUAUUUAUAUUGUUUGAAUGCAUUUUUAAAUAUUCCAGACAAUUAGAGAUGUUAUGAUUAUUUAUCUGUUUUUCAAGUAUUUAAUAAUAAUAAAACAAAUGUGUUCACUUAAGGUUGCUUAACAGCUCGCUUGACUAUUGAUUUUGUCUUCAUUGCUCUAUUUAAAGGUCAUCUAGUUUUACAUAUAGCAGAAAAUUCUAGGGGAAUCGGUUUUAUUGAUACUGUCACUUCAUCUAUGAUGUGUUUACUGUUCCGUUGAAUACCUGCGAUUCUACAGGCUUGCAUGUACUUUUCAUACUCGACAGUUGCUAUGGAUGUGCUCUUGUAUUACGGAACGAUUUCAGUAAAAAUGACGAUAUAUAAAUACAAAUGAAUAUAGUUGAAUUAUUUGGCAUAUUUGUGAUCGUGUCACCUAAUUUUAGCUCCGACUUUACUAUAUGUACAUUUAUAAAUGUAUGAUUUAAAAUUGAAUGAAAUAAAUAUACAUGUAUCUACUCGGCUUAAGUGCAAUAGACGUUGCUUGGUAAAUAUGACUGCCAAAGACAAUAAAAGAGCUAUUUUUAUGAAUAGACAAAUGUGUUGA